AUGUUCACGCUUCGUCAAUCAUUGGGUGCUCUCGCGGCUAUCGCUGCUGCUCCUCUUGCCUAUGCCGUUCCCAUCACCACAUUCUCGCGCAUUGGAAAGUCGUCGAAUGGGAUGGAUAUCCUGAAGCUUCAAGUCCAUGCUGCCAUGUCGCCUGGACACUUAACAACAAACACAACCAUGAGCUUUGUGGUAGAUACCCAUGAUAUGCGAACCACCUGCUUCGGUGAAUGGGCGCCAGAAGGACCUUUCCCUGAAGGCGAAUACCGGCCUUGCGCAAACAGCAGCGUUGGCUGGAACUUCAAGGAAGACACAUAUAAGGGCAUGAACGAGUUCACCUUGCAACUGGAAUACAGCUAUGAGGACGACUCUGUUGGUGAAUACCCAUACAACAGAGUCACAGAGUUCAGCCACGCAAACAUCACAACAGCCAACAUUGACUGCUCAGCCAAAACCGAGAGCUGCCAACAAUGCACAAACAGCACCAUCACCGCUAUCGUAUAUGCUUCAAUCGCAUAG